CAUAUAGCAAGCAUACAUGGACCCUAAAAAGCCAAGCGCUGGGCAGUCGACGGGACCAAGCAAAAAUGGCGGCGCAAUCAGUAGUAAUCUGAUCUCUAAUGUUCCCGGUUUUCAGCGUAAUCAUCACUCAAGACUAGGUGAAAAAAACACAAAUAGUGCACCCAAUGGCGGCGCAAUUAACACUAAUCAGACCUCUACUGUUCCCGGUUUCCAGCGUGAUCAUCAUUCGAGGCAACUAGGUGAUCAUCAUUCGAGGCAACUAGGUCGAAACAAGACAGCUAGUUCAUCUAGUGGCGGUGCAGUUAACACUAAUCGGACAUCUACUGUUCCCGGUUUCCAACGUGAUCAUCAUUCGAGUCAACUAGGUCAAAACAACACAGCUAGCUCAUCUAGUGGCGGUGCAGUUAACACUAAUAAUCAGACAUCUACUGUUCCCGGUUUCCAGCGUGAUCAUCAUUCGAGGCAACUAGGUCGAAACAACACAGCUAGUUCAUCUAGUGGUGACCUGAGGGAAAAACUCAAACAAGCCAGGAAGAGCGAGAAGCUGAACGUUGGACAGCUUGCACAGAAGAUCGGCGUGGAGCCACAGGCGAUUGAGGACUACCAGUCCGGCAAGGAGGUUCCACCGCAGAUCAUUGCCAAUAUUGAGAAGGAACUAAUAAAGCUUCUGAGCAAGAAGUAACUUUCUUUCCUGGAGGCUGAAGCUUCUGAGCAAGAAGUAACUUUCUUUCCUGGAGGCUGAAGCAUCAAGCACAUCAUGUUAAAGUCUAUCUUGCCUGCCUCCGUAUUGUCUACGCUGUUUAUCUCGGAGUCAUGCACGUUUCUAUUUAAAUACGAGUGAAUAAUAAAACUGUUGUCUUACACUUGCUACUCUUAGAUGUUAAACCAGUGAGCAAAUUUGAUAAUAUAUAUAUAUAUAUAUAGUC